UUUGUGAAUGAGGGCAGGGAACACGGCCCUUCCCCCGCCCAGGAGCCACGCCAGACCGCCGCACUCAGAGGACUGUUUGUUAAUAGUCCAAUUAGAUAAUUGCCAUCUUUCACUCCUUUUGCUCCGCAUUUCCCAUAAAGGAAUGAAUGGGGAGAGCGGCGUGGAGAGGGCUUCUGCCCCGGCAAGGUGACGAGAAGGGCUGGAGCAUGCUCCUUGCACAAGGCCAUGCGCUUGAAUUGAAUCAUUGUGGCCUAAUCAAUGCUCUUAUUGGAUUACUGGCUAUUGCUUUUCUCAAAGAUAUUGUAGCAGAGACAAUGAAAUAGCUAGGGGAAAACUUUUUUUUUUUUGAAGCAGAUCUCACAGUUGAGAUUUUUCUCGGUUCUCUCUCCCUCUCCCCCCACCCCCUCUCCUGCUGGACUCUCUGAGUACAAAGCUGCCCUUUGAAUGGGCUGCCUCAGGGCUGCUGGAGGUGCAGGCAUGAAAAAAUCCAACUGGAACUAAAUGAAGAGAGGUGGCAGUUUAAGAUGGCUGUCAGCGUGGAGGUGUGUUAAGGAGUUGUUUGGGACGAAAGCUUGGCUUUUUAGAGUGUGGGGGAGAUACUUUUGAGGAAAACUUUUUCUCCCCCCCUCUUUUUUCCCCCCUAGAGGCAACUGCUUUCUUCUGCUGCAGGGUGUGUAAGGGUUUUGGGGGGGGUUGUUUUUAUUUUUUUUUUCCUCUUCCCUCCACUCAUUCAGCACUAUCUGUCGAGUGUGGAGAAAACCCCUCUAGCCAGUAUGUGAGCAGGAGGGUCAAAGGCAAAGGGAAAGUUAAUAAUGCCUGCUAAUGGUACUAACAAUUCAGGAUGAAUCUUGUCAAAAGUUUUUCUGGAAGUGUGGGUCUUUGAUUGUGUGUUUCCUGAAAGCAAGACCAAUCAUUUCCGUUUAUUCACUGGCUAAACCCCUACUUGAUUGGGGACAAGGACAGAAACCAUCCAUUACGAUCUGAUAUAUUAUCCAAACAAUUUAGUGUAUUCAUGAGGUAACCGAAACGUGGGGGCUGCGAAAUUACCCGUAAUCAAUUGCAACAGCGAGCGUGCGUCCCCCCGGGUGUCGGACAACUGCAACUCGCUGUCUCAGUAAUAGGCGGGAGCCGCAGCAAUUCGGAGUUGCGCUGAUCGCUACCUGAUCGCCAGGCUGGGGACACUGGACGUGCUCAGAGGACGCGGGCGCUGACGAGGCGGCCUCGCCGCCGCUCCACCGGGACCCUGGACCAGACCCGCCGCCUCUCGGCGAGCGCGCCACUCGGCGGUCGCCGCUGACCCGCCCGCGGCCGCCACAGCCGCCCCGCGGGGACAUUCAUUCUUGCCGGUUGCCUCUCUCUGAGCCGGGCGUAGGGGCUGCAUUGUAGGGGGUUUUGUCCCCCCCGCUGCCUUUUUUUUUUUCUUUCUUUCUUUUUUUUUGUUGUUGUUGCUCUUGCCUCUCCUAUGUUCGGGAAACCAGACAAAAUGGACGUUCGGUGCCACUCGGACGCAGAGGCCGCCCGGGUCUCGAAGAACGCGCACAAGGAGAGCCGGGAGAGCAAGGGCGCGGAGGGGAACCUUCCUGCCGCCUUCCUCAAGGAGCCUCAAGGCGCCUUCUCCGCGUCGGGCGCCGCAGAAGACUGUAACAAAAGUAAAUCCAGUUCCACCGCCGACCCGGAUUACUGCCGCCGGAUCCUGGUCCGAGAUGCCAAGGGGUCCAUCCGAGAGAUCAUCCUGCCCAAGGGCCUGGACCUGGAUCGGCCCAAGAGGACGCGCACGUCCUUCACCGCGGAGCAGCUCUACCGGCUGGAGAUGGAGUUCCAGCGCUGCCAGUACGUGGUGGGCCGAGAGAGGACCGAGCUCGCCCGGCAGCUCAACCUCUCCGAGACCCAGGUGAAAGUCUGGUUCCAGAAUCGGCGCACCAAGCAGAAGAAGGACCAGGGCAAGGACUCGGAGCUGCGCUCAGUGGUGUCGGAGACGGCCGCCACGUGCAGCGUGCUGCGGCUGCUGGAGCAGGGCCGUCUGCUGUCGCCUCCCGGCCUGCCCGCCCUGCUGCCGCCCUGCGCCACGGGCGCGCUCGGCUCGGCGCUACGCGGGCCCAGCCUGCCGGCCCUGGGCGCGGGCGCCGCCGCGGGUUCGGCCGCCGCUGCCUCUGCCGCCGCGGGUCCUGCCGGCGCUGCUUCCCCGCACCCGCCGGCCGUGGGCGGCGCUCCCGGCCCCGGGCCCACCGGGCCAGGGGGACUGCACGCAGGCACACCGGCCGCCGGCCACGGCCUCUUCAGCCUGCCGGUGCCCUCGCUGCUCGGCUCGGUCGCCAGCCGCCUAUCCUCCGCCCCGUUGACAAUGGCCGGUUCGUUGGCCGGGAAUUUGCAAGAACUCUCUGCCCGAUACCUGAGCUCCUCGGCCUUCGAGCCUUACUCCCGGACCAACAAUAAAGAAGGGGCCGAGAAAAAAGCGCUGGACUGAUUUUAAGUGUUCCCCGGUAUUUAUAUUUAUAGUAUCUAUUGUGGUGAUAUUUAUGGACUCACGCGCAUUAGGCGCCCCGGGCUCCAGCGCUGGGCUCCCGGCUCCCACGAGGCCUCUGACAGCUCUACUUCCCCAUCAAGCUCUGCUACCAAUAUUAUCCCAUUUGGGCUUUUUUUUUUUUUUUUUUCCUACCUGUCCUCUGUGACCUCCUACCCCCACCCGCCGCCCCCACCUUCCUUCUGAAUCCAGGAGAAUCCAAAGAAUCAGGGGAAAAGCCCGAGUUAGUCAACUUGAUGCCGAAACCAGAGCCUGGCCCUGGAGGGAAAAGACUGGUUCUGAGUCCAAAGCACAGGACAUCUGCUCUAGAUCGGGCCACUGCUGCCGUUGAUUAUUCGUAUGAAUAUUUGAAAAAGGAAAGCUGCAAGCAGACCCCAGCUGAAAAGGCUGACAAGUUUCGUUAGACCAAAAAGGAGGACGUUCCUUCCUCUCGCCAGAGAAACCAGGGCUUUUGGAAACCCCUGGGCCCUACUUUGAGGACCUCUCGGGAGAGCCGGUGCACACGCAGCUUCCUGGCUUGAAAAAUCCUGCUGAAUUUUCUCCCCUUUAAAGAAACUCCAAUCACAACCAACCCCGACCCCAGGAGACAAUAAAUCAAACAUCAAGCUAGGCCUUAGCGGUAAUAAAUUUGAUCUAAUCAACAAUGAAACAAGAGUAAUCACUACCACACAAACCAAAUGAACUGGAACCAGUGUUUAAAUACUCAGAACGACGGAGUUUGGAAGGCGUAAGAAAAUUCGUGAGAGAAAACGCUUUCCAGCGCAAUGCAAAAUUAAAAUUCCGGGUUUUAUGACUUUAGACAGGAAUUUAAAAGGGGGAAAAAGCAAAAGAAAAGCCUACUGAGAGAAAAUUCAGAAUAUCUAAUGAAAGAAAAUUUAGAAUCUUCCGAGGCUGUUCUGGUGGGUGGCCGACAGCUCCACGCUCCUCCAGGAAGGAAGGAGAGCGGUGCCGCUCGCGGCAGCUCCCAGACGCCCUCGGCGCUUCUCUCCGCCGGUCCUCCGACGCGGAGCUCCAGGCAGAAUUGCUGGGUUUGGAAACAAAUCAGUGCCCGCUGCCUCCUCUCCCCAACUCCCCGGAUUCACAAAACCCUUCCAGCAGGAGGGAGGCGCCCGGAUUUGAGUUCUUUGCGGCCCGGAAGGCAGGGGUGCAGCGGGGGACUGGAGGGCUGCCGGGCCUCCUCUACCGGUUGUCUCCAUAACCCGAUCAGUCCCUUGCGUGGGUAGGAAAGGCAUCCUUCUCUACUCCCUCCCCUAGAAACCUCCCCACCCCAGCCCCCGCCGCCAGGGUUUCCACUGUCCCAAGUCCGAAACCCAGACCAAGAUGCCGGCGCGGCCUCACCCCCUACCCGCGCAACCAGGACCGUUCCCACAGCCACCGCCACCCGCAUUUUAACCAAAACUACAGACCCAGUCGGCGAGGUGCCGCAGUGUCUAGAAUGUAUUCCUCCAUCUGAAGCAAGCGCAGAGCAUUUAAAAAAAUAGUAAUUUUAUUGUAAAUUAUUUACGUCGGAAGCUUUUUUUUUUCUUUUUUUUUUUAGACAAAUAGUAAAGAAAAUAAUGAACGAUUCAAACGCGGGUAGGUGUCACUGAAUCCUGGCUACUAACUCUGUUCUGAAUGUUUUGGAUAUUUGGAUGUUUUGUAUUUAUGUGGUGAGAGUGAAAUAUAUAUAUCUAUGAUGAUAAGUGAGGUGUAUUUUUGUCUUGUAUUUGAAGGACACAAAAACAAAAAGGAAGAAGAAAGAAGUAAGACCCAGCAAUUGAUGAGUCUCUGCCUGGAGACUCCUAGG